ACGGAUCGCUCAAAGUACCCUUUCUCUCCCUUUAGCAUGUAGCUGCUAUUUUCUUUUCCACACCCCAUCUUUGUCUCAUGUUCAAAAGAUAAUGCAUUAACUGCGCAUUUGACGUAUUAACGUAUCCGACGUCCCAACAACCAGUGGUGAUCUACGGAUUUCAAGGACUAUGGUACGCUCGUCGCCCUCCGCUAUAAACGAGCAGAGUUCUCACAAGGUUUCCCACUUCUAUCAAUUGAUGCAUUUGUUGCCUCCUUUUUUAUCCCUCUUCUGCUCAGCUUCAUGUAUCAUCCUUGCGCACGUUCAGCCCUUCGUCAUCCUAGCAUAACGAUCUUGUCCUUC